GUGGGCAGCAGUUAGCAAAAGCCGAGCACGUCAGAGCGGCAACUUGUGGUUUAUCAGAUCAUACCAUCCUUGUGCUCAGUUACUAAUACUCACCCGCGUUUUCUCUUCUCCGUACAUUCGCACACAAGAUACCCACCAUGGCCACCGUACGCGAAGUCCCCCACGAGUCCGCCUUCGAGUCCACCAUCCAGAGCCUUCCCCCGUCCACACUCACAGUUGUCUACUUCCAUGCGCCAUGGGCCAAGCCAUGCGAGCAGAUGUCGGUCAUUUUGAAGACACUCGCCAGCACAUACCCCGCCGACGCCCCUAUUGCUUUCCUCUCGCUGAACGCUGAAGAGCUGCCCGAUGUCUCUGAGCAGUACGACGUGACCGCCGUGCCCUACAUCGUCGUCCAGAAGGACGGCAAGACCCUCGAAACAGUCAGUGGCUCCGAUGCCGCCAAGGUACGAGCUGCUGUAGAGAGGUACGCAGGUGCUGGAUCAGGCACAACAGGAUCGAGUCUGCCACCUGCGCAGACAGUGACACGGCCACCAGUCGAGAACGGCACCAACGGACUCAGCACGAAGAACCUAGCAUCAUAUGCGCCCGACGCCAACGACCCGAAGACAGCGCCAGAGUACAGCUCAGGCGAGCAGGAGACAAAUAAGGAGGAGUUGCACAAGCGCCUUAGCGAGCUCGUCAAAGCCGCGCCCGUUAUGCUCUUCAUGAAGGGUACACCGAGUGCACCGCAGUGCGGUUUCUCGAGGCAAACAGUCAGCGUGCUGCGCGAGAAGGGCGUACGAUAUGGUUUCUUCAACAUUUUGGCAGACGACGAGGUCAGACAGGGGCUCAAGGAAUUCGCAGACUGGCCGACUUUCCCCCAGCUCUGGGUAGAUGGCGAGCUUGUCGGUGGUUUGGAUAUCGUCAAGGAAGAAUUCGAAAACGACCCCGAGUUCCUGGCUCAAUACUCCGUCAACCAGCCAAAGCCAGCUUAGAAGGCUCGCUACGAGUGUAGAGAUUCGCAGAAGAGAAUCUGGAUCAAAGAAUCUUCAAGGAUGAAAGAUAAUAGCGAGGAAUGCGUCCCGAUCCCGUGGCAUCCUCAUCAAAGAAGGCUUUAUUCCGAUAAGACAACGUGCGUCACGUCGGAAUCUCGCUGGGGUGCUUAUCGCCCCAGAUGGAUAUAUUGGCGAUGCUGGACACCCUGUUUUGUUGAUCGGAGUACGGAAUGUGAACAGUACGGAGCCCUUGAGUUGAUUGAAACGACGAGCUAUCACUAAAUACCUUCUUAAAACUAUUUUCAACAAGCGCACAUGCAAACGAAAUUCCUGUUGAGCGUGCCCGUUUGUCAAGUUCAAAAGCCAUUCUUGACAUUAACAUUUCAACUGUGCUUGCUGCACAUACGACAUGCAAAUGUCUUCUCUCUCAAACACGCAUGCAUGAGACCUAAGCCAACCACACGGCCCUAUACUCCCUGAUGAAUUCAUCAAAG